AUAUUUCAUAAUGAGUGUCGAAAGUGACUGAUAUCAUGCGAGUGCCGUUAGACAAACGAGGCGAAGCCGAGUUUGGCUAAUAAGCAUGAGCAUGAUAGUCACUUUCAACACGAGUCGUGAACACUAUUUUUUAGACGACUUGAACAAUAAAAGCUUUCACUAGUAUCACUAAUAUUUCAAGAAUAUGUUACGCCAUUUUUUUAUUUUACUGUUGGUUGGCCACGACCGCGGUUUGCUAUGGAUUGUUUACUGUUUUGUUUUGCUAGUUCUGUCAUACAGUGCAACGAUUAUUACUAAAACGAAUUUUAAGUGGUGCGUAAAAUGGAGAGCGAUAAAGAAGACGAUGUUUUACAACUCACACCACCAUCAGUAGUUGAAGCGGCCAGCGAGAAUACUUUGGCGUUGCUCCCAACGAAAUCGCGGCUGCGUUACGAAGAUGCAUACACCAAAUUUAUGGAAUGGCGCAAGAAAUCCCAAGUGAAAUCCUCAUUUUCGGAAAACGUUUUGCUGGCGUAUUUUGGCGAAUUGUCGAACAAAAUUAGCCCCAAUACUUUAUGGACGCAGUUUUCUAUGCUAAGAAGUACACUUAUUGUUCAUCAGAAUGUCAAUGUAGGUACUUAUCCUAAACUGAAAGCUUUUCUGAAACGAAAGGCGCAUGGUUAUAAACCAAAAAAGUCGAAGACUUUAACUGGAGAACAAGUAAAUAAAUUCAUAACUGAAGCUCCAGACGACAAAUAUUUGUUACAAAAAGUAAUUUUGGCGUUUGGAAUUAGCGGCGCUAUGAGACGACACGAACUGGUUCAACUUACAGUUGAUGAUAUCAAGGAUGCAGGAUCAGCACUUAUCGUAAAACUACCGAUCACAAAAAACCGAAAAGAGCGUGUUUUUACAAUAAUUGACGAAUUUUACGAAAUAUAUCGAAAAUACGCAGUUCUUCGGCCACCCACGACGGAACGUCGGCUGUUUUUAAACUAUCAGAACUCCAAAUGCACAAAACAACCUGUGGGGAUCAACAAAAUUGGUGGUAUACCAAAACUAAUUGCAACCUAUUUGGGUUUGGAAGAUCCUGCUGCAUUCACAGGUCACUGCUUGAGACGAUCAUCGUCUACAAUUUUUAUGGAUGCAGGUGGCAGUAUGGAAGAUCUUAAACGUCACGGGGGAUGGGCUUCUACUUCAGUUGCAGAGGGCUACAUACAAGAGUCUAUUGGGCAUAAAAUGAAGGUGGCUGGUAAAAUAAUUACAGCUAUACGAAACUCGUCUGAAAAUCUUCCUGGAGAUGACUCUUAUAAUCAAAUGUUGCCGCCUAGCUCAACUUUUACAUCAGAGACAACUGUGGCUGAGUUUCCAGACUCCAAAUUCAUCAGUUUCAAUAACUGUUCCUUUACUAAUGUGUCCUUCAAUUUGCAUAAUGAACCGAAAUAA